CACACCCACGCGUUAAUUAACGCCAGACCAAUCGAAGAAAACGAAAAGCUACUUCUAGACAUACGGAGCGCAUCGAAAACAUAUUUCAUCAUAAUGAGGAAUUUAGACGAAAUUUGUCCGAAUUGGAGAAUGUUGCCGCCACCCCCACCAGCAAUACCGAUACCAGACACCUCUAACACGGUCAGUGAUAUCGAAUCAAAUGAAUCAAAUGAAUCAAACGUUUAUGAUGAAAGUUGGUUGAUAAUACGUCAAAAGGAAAACUUCAAAAAAGUACACCGAAAUAAGUACCUUAAGAUGCGUAAAAAGAUUUCGAUGAAAUCCUUUACAGAAAAUCGAAAGAAAAAAUCAAACAAAAAAUUGUUGAAGACUCAAGUAUGGAUCAUGUCACGAAUUAGAAACCCCUCCCAAGACACUGAGAAUAACUCCAACAAUGGUGAUUUGUAA